AUGGAAAGUGAAAAUAAUGACAUGAAGAAGGAGAAGCAGAAGCUAGGGGUAUUUGAUAUACUCAAGGAAGCUAUUACCAUAUAUGUAAAAAAUCUCAACUUUAUCUUCUUCACCUUUCUUACUUCUCUUCCUCUCUUUUGUAUAAUGGUUUACUUUGAAACUCAGCUUCAUAAAACCUUAAUUGAAACUUAUUAUAUUUUUGUUAAUAUUCCAAAGGAGGAUAUUCUCUAUGGAAACUUUGGUUACAUGCUAGAUCUAAUGAGUAGGGAAUAUUAUUACCUUAAGUUUAUUCAACUUGGUUUGAUUUACAUAUUCCCUCUCCAUGUUCUUGAGUUUGGAACUGCUAUUGUUACUAUAAAUUUAGCUUCAAAGCUAAGUUCACAACAAGAGAAUAAUGAUAUGAGUCUUAAGGAGAUGUUUCAUAAACCUGUUGAUUCAUCAAAAUUGAGAGGCUCAUUUCACACUUUUGUUUAUGUUGUUUUCUUGACAGCUACUCACCAAGUUGGAUUACUAGGUAUACUUGUUGUUUGCAAUGGUUUUGAAGAUGUAUUUGGAAUGGAUUUCUACUUGGAACAUGAGUCUUGUAGUUUCUGUAUUGGAGGUAUUUAUGGUAUUGAUUCAUUAGUACUGUCUGUUAAUUUUAGUAGAGGGUGUCAUAGAAAUGGGCUAUUUAUUAUGCUGAUUUUCUUUGUAUGGAGACAUUUUUUGAGAUUUUCUUGCUACUAUAUUGGAGGCUAUCAACAAGGAAAUGGAACUUUUAUACAAGUUGGUUUGUUCUGCAUGGUGGUUCCAUUGAAAUGGGUGGUUUUCAUGAUCUAUUUUCAUGAUUGUAAGGAGGGAUACUUGGAAAAGAAAAGAGAUGAGGAAUUAGGCAAAGAUGUUAGAGUGCCUUAG